AUGGCCUCCGACACCCAACUGCACGGUCAGGAGGACGACCUCACCACCACCAUUGCUGCCCCCACCACUAUUCCUACUACCAAUAAUAACAACAGCAGCAGCAACAACGAUGGCGACAACAACAACAGUAACAGCAACCAUGCCCGCCAUCCACCAAACACUCAUCUCAAGGCCGCCCCUCUCCAUCAACACAACAGCACUGCCUCCAAUACCCCCGACGCGCCCAGCCACGAGUUCAUCCUUAGCCACAGCGAGUCGCAGGGCAUGCUGGUGACAAGUCCAUUGAUGAGCGAAGCAACCCUUCCAGGAGAGCACCAGCAGCCUCCCUCAGCCUCUUCCGCUCCUAUCCCUGCCUCGGCCUCAACUUCAGCCCCAGUAUCAGUCUCAUCCUCCACGACAGCACACAACAACCCUGGAACACUCGACACAACAGACAAUACUCACGACCGGCGGCCUAGUGGUGGAAGCCACAGCAACGGAUACCUGAGCAGGACAAACAGCGGCACCAACUAUAUCCGGAGGAGCCCUCAGAUGUCUUCGAGCGCCGUUCACUCUUCGUCGGGACAGUAUCAGCUGUCGGUCGCCACUUUUCACAAGCGUAACCAAGAUACAAACUCCUUCCGGACAGGGCAACAGUUCCUCAUCAAGUUAGAUCUCAAGUCCGCAGAGCCGUUUAAGAGCCCAAUGUCAUUGAUCCUGCCCCGGAGGAUGAUCCAGGGUCAACAAAAAACCCGACAGUCCGAUCCUCCUACUGGAACCGCUACCGAUGGCGCAGCCGCAGCAUCAGCAGGCCUUGUGUCACCACUCAUGUCGUCGCCCAUCAUUCAGGAACCUGCAGGGACAGCACCAUCUCAGGACGGCCCAGGAGAACUCACAGGCCACCCAGAAACCCACUUUUAUCUCGAAGUCACUGUCCACUUGACCAGUUCUGAGGCUAUUGUCCAAGCCUGCCCAGAGUGCUGUCACAAGGUGGAGGGCAAGGUGCGUAAACCAUCCAACGGACCAGGAGCCCCCGCCAAGACACAUGGAGCCAGCGAACAGGUUGACCCCGGUCAGAUUCUACAGUUCUGCGUCUUUGAACACGUCGUCGACUUUACCAGUGGGACAUCAACUGUCAUGGCCAAGGUCCUUUGCUCAUCUACACAUCACGACAAACGAGGCAACAAUGACCGGUACUUCUUCAAGUUCAGUCUGAUGCAAUAUCUCAAUGGACAAAAGAUUCACAUCGGGUCGUGUAGGACAAAGGACAUCUUGUUCACAGGAAACCACAAGAACAAGAGUAUGGCCUCCUUUAGUGAGGACAAAGUGGAGACGAAGCCCAAAAUUGGCCGUGCAGAGGACGAGUCGAUUUUGUCUACCCCAGGCUCAAUGGUCAUGGGUCAGACCUUCACAGAGGAGCCAGACUCUAUCGCCGAAGAUACGCUCGAAAAGCCAUACCAUCACGACUCGCCAAUGCAAUCGACUCACGACAGGCGCUCUGCUUCAACCCCACACCACCGCCCCCUCUCUUACGGCAAUGGCCAGCCUCACCACAGCGGCGAACACAUUCCUCGCAUUCAGGAGCCAUCAUCCAGCAUGGACAUCGACCCACCUCGAUCACGGCACAGAAUCGAUAAAGAAUCCUACUCUAGUCACGGUAGCCGGUCAUCAUUACCUCCAGCGCAAGGAUCAGGAGCCACAUACGGCGGUCAUUCAUCGACCAUGUCCGAUUAUAGACUGUCAAGUGGACCUGCUUUUACGCCGAUCAAGUCCAAGUCUUGGAACGACACCCUCAUCACGCCCAAAAUUACAAGGAUCAUUCCAGAUGUUGGCGACAUGCUUGGUGGCACCGAGGUUACCAUCUUUGGCUCUGGAUUCAGAGCUGGAUUGGUCCCAUACUUUGAUUCGUUACCAGCAUCGAACGUCACUGUUCUUCAUCCGGAUGUCAUGACUUGCCGCACACCGCCCCGAAUCCAGGCUGCCGUAGCUUCGGUGGGUUUCCUAUCCAAGCGCUCCUCAGGAUCGGGCAGGAUUACGCCUGAUACACAAUAUUCAUACGCGGACAAGCUGGGCUUGGGAUUAGCAGAGCUUGCGGCAGAGAUUGUUGCCAUGGAACGCGACGACUACGACGAGCCCAAUCCCCAGGCAGGAUCUGGCGUUGGACUUGGGCAUCCAAGUUAUGACGCCACUGAGCGGUCAGAGCAGAGGCUUGGAGGGCUUGGAGACUUGCGCUCAAGAGCUACUCGUGUAGUUCGUCGUGGAAGCACACGUCGCGACUCUUCGGACAUCACAAGCCAGUCUCGAUCCAACUCGAACGGAUCGAGGCUGAACCCCAUGGCUGAAAGCCCUCGCCGACGAUCUAGCCAUAGUCCAAUGGGUCACGAUCAUGGCCUGGACGAUGAGGAGCUUGAGCGCCUUGUGACAGAGAUGAUGUCGCUCGGCGUGACACAGUCGGUUGUACCAGCAGCACAAACCUGCAAGGCCUUGGAAUCGGCUAUUCUUAACAUUGUACGUGGCACGGACGACAUGCAUCACAUUUCAAUGCAAAACGACCAGCGUCACACCCUGCUUCAUCUGGCUGUCCUCCUCGAGAUGAACGACCUUGUCGAAUACCUGCUUAAGGAGAAGAUCGAAGUCAACGCUGCCGACUGGAAUGGCUUUACAGCUCUUCACUAUGCGGCUUGGACAGACCAAACGGACAUGUAUGAGAUUCUGGUGGGUCAUGGAGCGUCUGCGGAGGUGCUCAACUGCCACCAGGCUCUCCCACGCCAUUUGUUUGCAGGCGUCCCUGGAACACCCCAGGAGUUCGUUGCCAUGUACCACCCGAAACCAGGACAGGCGCUGGAGACUGGGUCAUCCUAUGAUCGAUACCCGUCGGGUGGCAGAGCGAGCCUGGACAACCUCAAGGACGACAUCCUUGAAAAAUACAGCCGAGCCAAGAAGGCUCGUGGUUCGAAUGGCAACAUGUAUGUCAAGUCGUCAUCAGGAGACUCUAUUUCCAAGGCGCCGGCGCCGAUGGAUCACCACCGCGACCCCAGUCACAGCCACGAGUCCCCUCAUUCAAUCCACCGUCAUGCCCCCCGCCACGUUGUCUCAUCACCACCUCUGCUUCCUCAAACCCAAGGCCACUUGCGACCUGCUCCUCACACGAUGCAGUCCCUUCCUCACCCUCAAGCUCCGCGCUCACCGUCACCUCUUCGGGAAUCGUUUGCAGGACCCUACACCCAGCCGCACGCAUCCUCAUCCUCAUCGUCUUCUGGUAACAACAGUUCAUCGUUUACCAGAAGGUACUUGCACCCUGUGGACAACCCACCUUCGCGAACUGGAUCGUUGCCCUCCAUUCGGCUGGAACGUGACCACAGAGAGAGUUCCCUCCAGCACAGUCCGUCGUACCAUCACCAACAGCAGCAUCUUCAACAACACCACCAUCACAACGUUGGAUCGCCUUCGUCCUCUCCAAGUGCUGCCAUGACAGGCGCCCCUUCGUCUCCUAUGCACCAUCAACAAGGAUCUUCGAACAACCGGUACACAUCGUCGCCUUCCUCUUAUGACCACGUACAGCAAUCGCCUCAGCAAUAUGACAGCCACCCGGAAGAACGCCGAUCAGACCGCAUGCUGCCUUCUUUUGGGCUCAAUCUGCCUGUUCCGUUCCCUUACCAGGGUGAUUCGAGCAGGGGUCCAAGCCCAGGAAAUCAUGGCCCAGAGUCAGGCGACGGAGGACAUCAUGGAUCCAAGGCAGUUGAGGCAGGACAAAAGCGCCCGGGAUCUUCUUACCAUGGCUCUUCGCAUGACGGGCCAAUGGUCAAGUCUCCAAGGACCUUUGAUGGACCUAUUCGAACCAAGGGAGGAGAUCACCACGAGUAUGACCAACAAGGACCUCCCCUCCCCAUGGAUGGCAAUCGAUCUACACAAGCCAACGCCGAAGUGUCACGGUCUUCUAAUGCCGGAACGGAUCUGGAGAACGAUAUCAGGGACGGAUCUGAGGACAGUGGCAAGUCGAACCGUCGUACGAGCCAGGCAAGCCACACUUGCCCUCACCCAAACUGCAACAAAAGCUUCACGAGACCCUUCAACCUCCGGGCACAUAUGCGCGUUCACACUGCGGAGCGUCCUUACAAGUGCGAUACUUGUGCGUUGGCAUUCUCACGUCUUCACGAUCGCAACCGACACGCCAAGCUUCACACUGGAAUCAAGCCCUUUGAGUGCUCCUUCUGUCACCACCAGUUUAUUCGGCCAGAUGCUCUGCGCCGUCAUUUGGGUCGUGGAGGUGGAACAGGAUGCGGACAAAAGAUCGCGGCGACUGCUGCAGCUGAUGGUCAAAAGGCAGUCAGUGGUGCCACUAACUCGACAUCGUCUUCGACAGAUUCUGCCUCCGCUUCGGCCACCGCCACUGCUACAACAACAACAACAGCAACGACGGCGGCUGCUACUUAUGGAACAAUGACCACUGCAACAACUGCGACGGCUACUUCUCACGGCGAGAACAAGACCCUCGUCAACAAUGGAGCUUCCAGCCGGAGCAGCAGUGGAAGCAGCGUCCGGAGCCAGGCGAGUCUGAGCAGCAUCAGCAGCGGUCUGACGGCGGUGUCGUUUUCGGCAAGCAAUGAUUGGAAUCGCCAUCCACGGUCGUCGACGGACCCUUCGGGCUCGAAGGUGAUGGAGCUGGAUGAAGAUAACCGCGACCGCGGUCAUCAUGCUCCUCAACAGCACCAUAUUCAUCACCAACAGCAACAGCCACAUCUUCACCCUCCUCGAUCUCCUCUUGGUAUUAUCUCUGAUGGACGGCGGUAUGCCUCUCCGACUGGCACUGACCAUGAUGAAGACAUGAGGUCUGUUGAUGGCGAGGACCACCAUGUUGAGGCCGCAGGCGUGAACGAGAAGCAGCACAUUACUCGCCAUUUGUCGCCUGUGCCAUAUGACCAUGACGACCGACGCGAUCACCACCACCAUUUCCAGCCACAGCAACAACAGCAACACAACCCACAUCACCACCAUCUCCAUCGUGCUGAGCGGGACGAGCAGGAACAGCAACAACAGCCUGCUCCCACCGCCACUGCCGCCAGCAGUUAA